AUGGGUGGCAUGUUGAAGGAUCCGUCCAAGAAAUACAAAAAGUUCACCCCCGUGAACCUGCCCAACCGCCAAUGGCCGUCCAAGACUCUGGACAAGCCGCCGAGAUGGCUCGCCACCGAUCUGAGAGACGGCAACCAGAGCUUGGUUGACCCCAUGAAUGGCGAGGAGAAGUGGAAGUACUUCAAGAUGCUGGUGGAUCUCGGCUACAAGGAGAUCGAGGUCUCCUUCCCUUCUGCGUCGCAAACCGACUUCGACUUCACCCGGCGCUUGAUCGAGACCCCCGGCGUAGUCCCCGACGAUGUGUGGAUCCAGGUCCUCUCGCCGUGCCGUGAGGACCUCAUCCGUCGCACCGUCGACUCCCUCAAGGGCGCCAAGAAGGCCCUCCUGCACAUCUACCUUGCCACCAGCGAAUGCUUCCGGCGCAUAGUCUUUGGCUUCACCGAGGAGGAGAGUAUCGAGCUGGCCGUCAAGUGCACCAAGUACGCAAGAUCCAUCACGAAAGACGACCCGUCGCAGGCCGGCACCGAGUGGGCCUUCGAGUUCAGCCCCGAGACCUUCUCCGACACCAGCCCGGACUUUGCCAUCCGCGUCUGCGAGGCUGUCAAGGCUGCGUGGGAGCCCACGGUCGAGAACCCCAUCAUCUUCAACCUCCCUGCCACAGUCGAGAUGUCCACGCCCAACGUGUACGCAGACCAGAUUGAGUACUUCUGCACCAACAUUUCGGAGCGCGAGAAGAUCUGCGUCUCCCUUCACCCGCACAACGACCGAGGCUGCGCCGUCGCCGCCGCUGAGUUGGCCCAGAUGGCUGGCGCAGAUCGGGUGGAAGGCUGCCUUUUUGGCAACGGCGAGAGAACCGGCAACGUCGACUUGGUCACCCUCGCUUUAAAUUUGUACACGCAGGGCGUCCACCCCAACGUGGACUUCUCUGAUCUCGGCCGAGUUAUCGACACGGUAGAGAUUUGCAACAAGAUCCCUAUCCACCCCCGAGCACCCUACGGAGGUUCCCUUGUCGUGUGUGCCUUCAGUGGCUCCCACCAGGAUGCCAUCAAGAAGGGUUUCAACUUGCGCGAGAAGACCGAUGCUUCCUACGACGACCGCUGGGAGGUGCCGUAUCUUCCUCUUGACCCGCAAGACAUUGGCCGAACAUAUGAAGCCGUGAUCCGCGUCAACUCACAAAGUGGAAAGGGCGGGGCGGCAUGGAUCAUCCUCCGUAAGCUCGAGCUCGAUCUUCCCCGUGGCCUGCAAGUCGCCUUCAGCAAGGUCGUGCAGAAGCGCGCGGACCAGCUGGGCCGUGAGCUCUUGUCGGAGGAGAUUUCCGAUCUCUUUGAGCAGACGUACUUCCUGAAGGAGCACCCCCGCUUCAACAUCAUCGACUAUUCGAUCUCGGUCGACCGCUCCGCCUCUCCCGCUCCCCCAGUCGACGGCAAGACACAGGAUACCAAGAACUUGGCUCGUGUCUUCGAAGGUGUUAUCGCCAUUGAUGGCAAGGAAUACAAACUUCGCGGACGCGGCAACGGACCCAUCUCGUCCUUGGCGAAUGCUCUCAAGAGCAUUGGCAUCGAUCUGGAUGUUGCGGACUACAAGGAGCAUGCCGUGGGCAAGGGUCGCGAUGUCAAGGCUGCCACCUACAUCGAAUGUACCGCGUCUGGCACUCCCCAGAAGGUAUGGGGCGUCGGCAUCCACGAGGAUGUGGUCCAGAGCUCUCUUGUCGCCCUCCUGAGCGCGGCAAGUAAUUUCAUUCUCAGCCGUCCUAGCAGCCCCAUCACGGCCAAGGCCCUGCCGCGCCGAAGUCUCAGCCAGGAGCUGGACCUCAAUGGUGAACUGAAGGUGCCGAACGGCUCAGCCACGACCAAGGAGGUCGAGGGCGGCGCCCCAUCGGCGGUCGUCAACGUGUUGGAGAGCAAAGCCAAUGGCUUGUAA